AGUCAGUUUACUUUCGCGCUUUUAACUUGUCUCUAUUUCAGUUGAGUCGGUUGUAGAUCUCAGGACAACUCACAAGUCUAUGUUCGUUGGGGAAAGAAUUCGUGGAACAAGUAAUGAUUUUGUAAAUCACACUUGAAUAGUCAACAUUAUUUCUGCCCCUCAAUUGGAUUGAAAGGAAUAGGGGUCAAAGCUUGUUCCUACUAUUUUAUUGCAUUUUUGAUUGAAUAACCCAUCUGGGAAUUUGAAUUCAAACACAUCAUGGCACCCACCAAACCUUCAGGCAUUACUCAGAUGGUAACAAGAAUGAGGGCUGCUGCGAACCCCAGAGCUACUGCGAAUCCAUCUAAAGCUGUAGCUGAAAACAACAGCCUCGUCAACAAGAAGAGGAAAGCUGAGACGGUCUUGACUUCAGAUAACAAGAAGCGUUCAGCUUUGGGAGACCUUACUAAUGCUAACAGCAAACUUCAAGAUGCCAAGAAAGCUGCCAAGGCAGCAAAGGUCUCAUCUCUUACUAAUAGCACUAAUCUUGCUAGGCCUCAAUUGUCACGCCCUUCAACUAAAGCACUUACCUUGAAUGUAGUCAAAGAGGAUGUUAAAGUACCUGAGCAGAUUGAUUCAGAGGCAACUAUUUACUUCUCUCCUGAGAAUGCCAAGCCAAAGAGGAAGCUUCCUCCCAAUGUUGAAGAUUUUGACAGUGAGUGUGGAACUGAUCCUUUCCAGACACCUCAGUAUGCCCAAGAUAUCUUCCUUUACUUUAAGCAACGCGAGUUGAAAUUUAUUCCUCGUCGUUACAUGGACCAGCAGACAGAGCUUACUUGCGACAUGCGAGCAGUUUUGGUCGACUGGCUGGUGGAAGUGCAAGAAAGUUUCGAACUCAAUCACGAAACUCUUUAUUCUGCUGUGCGUCUCGUUGAUCUCUACCUCUCUCACACUACCGUCAAUAAGGAAAAUCUCCAGUUAGUCGGAACCACUGCCAUGCUUAUUAGCUCAAAAUUUGAAGAACGUUGCCCACCAUGUGUCGAUGAUUUCCUCUACAUUUGUGAUGAUGCCUACACCCGUAGAGAUCUUAUCAAGAUGGAGAUGAGCAUUCUCAAAGCAGUCGAUUUCGAUAUUGGCCUCCCAUUGUCCUACAGUUUCCUUCGUCGCUACGCUAGAGUAAGCAAGGCUAGCAUGGAGACUUUAACACUGGCACGUUUCAUCCUCGAAACAUCACUGAUGGAGUAUGACUUGAUAAACGUCAAGGACUCCCUUAUGGCCGCUUCCGCCCUUAUGAUGGCCUUCCAGAUGCAGAACUCUGGUGAAUGGACGCCGACACUGGAGUACUAUAGCAGUUUUACUAAGGCAGAACUUCGCGAAACAACCUGCCGCCUACAUGCUAUGCUGAUCAAGCUGCAGUCAAAAAAUCUUAAGACCAUCCGUAAUAAGUACUCUCACAAAGUCUUUUAUGAAGUUGCCAAGAUUGCUCUUCCUGCUGAAAUGGAAUUUUAAAAUUCGUGACUUGCUCAUAUAAGAAACUGCCAUCGCGCGACUCUUGGAUUUCCUUGAUUUUUUUUUUUUCGAUUUGGCGUCAUUGUUAUUUCCUGAAAUUUAUUGAUUCCUGUGCUUACAUUCAUUUGUCUUUCCUUUUCUGUUCUUCUUCUACCUUUUCUGUCUGUCAUCUGUCAAUCUAAUUUUUUUACACGAUUCCAACUACCAACCAAUGACGAGUAGCGUAUUCCAAAAAACUUAAAUAAGAAAAGGUAAAAAAUAAGUUUUUUUUCCGUUUUUAUCGAUAACUAAUUAACUAUUAUUAUAGAUCUUGAUUAAAUUUCCUACUACUAGAUAAGAAAAUUGAAUAGUCCCAACCGUACACAUGCAUAUACACACACACCGUACACGAGCACACAGUCCUCUGUAAUUCAUCCCCCCUCCCUCCAAAUACACUAGAACGUUGGAGAAAGAA